UAUACAUGUAAGUAAAGGUGCCGGGUGCCGCAUCCUGCUGACAAAUGUCGUAAUUGUGCACAUGCGCAUGAGCGGUGGGCGGAGUUUCCAGUCGGUCAGGAAGAGGAGAAAGGCGGACACAGAAACAUCAAGCGAUGGCUGCUAUCAGGAAGAAGUUGGUGAUAGUUGGGGAUGGUGCGUGUGGGAAGACCUGUCUGCUCAUCGUCUUCAGUAAGGACCAGUUCCCAGAGGUCUAUGUCCCCACUGUGUUUGAGAACUAUGUGGCAGACAUUGAAGUGGAUGGGAAACAGGUAGAGCUAGCACUUUGGGAUACAGCAGGUCAAGAAGACUAUGACAGACUGAGGCCUCUCUCCUACCCCGACACAGAUGUUAUCCUGAUGUGCUUCUCUGUAGACAGCCCUGACAGUUUAGAGAAUAUACCCGAAAAGUGGACACCUGAAGUGAAACACUUCUGUCCGAAUGUUCCCAUCAUCCUGGUGGGCAAUAAAAAAGAUCUGCGCAAUGAUGAGCACACCAGACGAGAGCUUGCCAAAAUGAAACAGGAGCCAGUUAAAGGUGAAGACGGCAAGGAGAUGGCUAACCGCAUCAGUGCCUACGGCUACCAAGAGUGUUCUGCCAAAACCAAAGAUGGUGUGAGGGAAGUCUUUGAGAUGGCAACUAGGGCAGCGCUGCAGGCCAAGAAACGUAGCAAGAAGUCCACCUGCCUUCUGUUAUAGGCUCUGGGAGAAGAGGGAACUGCCAUCAAGCCCAGAUGGAGAAGGCAGCUUCCAUUGAGAUUUGAUAAAGGGGAGAAUAUUGGGGAGGGCCUUGAAAAGUUUUGCUGAUGCUCAAUUUCUGAUCACCCAAUUAUCCUGCACAAAUUAAAGCAGGUAAAAAAUUAUUUGAUAGGCUUCUACACCUUGGUCCUUGGUCUAUAAAUUAGGUUAUGUGCCAUUUUGCUUGCAUCUAUCAAAAACUUUCAGAUCUAGAAGUCUGUAGGGCAGGUGGUGGGUGGUGAUUUGAAGUUGAGUAGAUGUAAAUGGGUUGAAAUGUGCCAUGAUUGGAAUGAAGAGAGAAAAGGUCCUUACCAGGCCAAAGACAUUGGGGACAUGAGAAAGAAAGACAGAAAAAAGACAUAAAUAUAAAAUAGGUUUGAAUUAAGACCAUUUCUAUGUGGAUUUUACACAGUAUCGCCUACAUGUAGUGCCUUGAGAGCAGUGGUCAAGAAGAGUAAGUUGUGGGGUAGGGAUUCAUAACUUAGAUGGGGUAUUAUUUUGUCAUUUGUAGUCCACAUCACAUUCGUGAAUGCUUUCUCCCUGUCAUUGGCUUGGCUCAGUUCCUUCACGCCCAUAUUCUGACUCAGGCGCUAUGCAGGGGUAUGCCUAAACUAGAUUGUUUGAGAUAUUUUCCCAAACUGAAUUACUUACCUGUACUUAAGUGUGUGUGUGUGUGUGUGUGUGUGUGUGUGUGUGUGUGUGUGUGUGUGUGUGUGUGUGUGUGUGUGUGUGUGUGUGUGUGUGUGCGUGCGCACGCGCAACUGUAUGGUGGUUUGUUUUCUCCAGUGCAGGUCUGCAUGCACUGAAUGUGUGUAUAUUUGUGUGGGUGUGUAUUAACAAGUGUCUACGUACUGUAUGCAUGGAAAGGCCUUCUGCGUCACUGACCUAACCCCUUGUUUUCAUGCCAAAGUUACCCCUGACUGCCUCAUUUUAUGGCUCAGAUGGGUAAUGGAAUUAACAGCUACUCAGAGUGACAUAGAGACCUUCACUUUACUGGAAGACAUUGUACAAUACCUAGAGGCACAAUCAGGUUAAACAUAUGAGUUUUUAGGACCUUUUUUGUGUGUACCAGAGAUUCAUUUGAUUGUGUUAAUCAGUGGGUCAAAUCAUGAGUGGUGUAGUUGAUAAGUUGAAUAUUCUUUCAGAUAGAUGAUAGGCUUAUCUUAUUACUAUAAUGUCCAUUAUGUACUGUAUAUCUUACAAGGCCUUGUAAGGACAUGUUAUUGAUGUGUAUUUCAAGUUUGCCUUUUACUCAACUCUCCCCUUCCCCCCUUUAAUGAUAUUUUCAUUAUUGUACUAUUAACUUUUUAUUGUUGAUGUCUCUAAUUUUCUUAGUAUAUUUUAAUCAUUUUACUUAAUCCUGCUGUUAUGAUCAGCUUAUUUCAGUUAAAUGAUAAAUUGUAACUGUAGUAUUGUUUUGUUGAAUUAAUUGAAGGUCAAGCUUGGGGUGUAAGGCUAGAAGGUUUUGGGGGUGGGCUGCUAUAGCAGUUUAUAUCUUUUUUUGUUUUGUUUUUUGUACUGUGACAUAUUAGGAUUUCUGGAUUUUAUUUUAUUUUAUUUUUUUCAAAUAAAGCUGAUAUUAGGGUUUUCUGUUGUAAGGUAUUUAUGUGUUCUUUGAUCUAUUCAUUCAUUAAUAAUUACAACAAUCUUAUCUAUAUUUCUGGCAUUCAUUUUCUUUCCCAAAUAAAAACACUCAUAACCCGUCAAAA